AUGGGUCAAGACAAUGGUAUCAUCUUGACCGAAAGGUCCAAGACCGCAGAGGAUGUGUCCUCACCCAGGGAGGGCACGGCGCAGGACAAGGAGGAUAUGUGGCGUGUUGGUCGAGACCAGGAACUCAACCGAAACUUCCGAUUCUUAUCGGUGCUGGGAUUCACGGCCGUGUUGAUGUGUACCUGGGAAGCGUCGAAGGAGAUAUCUGACCCUCUUCCCCCCCCCCCCUCACCCAACAGUGGUGCCUCAUAUGGAUUGCUCAAUGGCGGAAAAGGUGGUAUGAUCUAUACAUACCUCGGAGCACUUGCCGGAUUCAGCUUUGUCAUUCUCUCGAUGGCCGAGAUGGCGUCGAUGGCACCAACGUCAGGUGGCCAGUACCACUGGGUGUCAGAAUUCGCACCCGCAAGCUCGCAGGCUCUGCUGAGUUACAUCACCGGUUGGAUCUGCGUUCUCGGCUGGCACACCGGUAUCGCUGGAUGCUGCUACACCGUCGCCAACAUGAUGGUGGGUGUGAUCGCCAUCAACUAUCCGGAGACGUAUGUCUAUGAGGCCUGGCAUGUCACCCUGCUCGUCAUCGCGGUGGCCGUGGUGGCUCUGCUGUUCAACACGUUCCUGGCACAAAAACUGCCUCUGAUCGAGGGAAUUAUUUUGAUCGUCCACUGCUUCGGAUUCUUUGGCAUCUUGAUUCCUCUUUGGGUGCUGUCCCCCAAGGUUCCUGCUGCCGAUGUCUUUGGGUCCAUUGAAGACCGUGGUGGCUGGGGCAAUAAUGGCCUUGCAUGUCUCGUUGGAUUGACGGGCCCAAUCUAUGCCUUGAUCGGCCCCGACUCCGCCGUGCACAUGGCCGAGGAAAUUCGCGAUGCAUCUCGUGUGCUCCCCCGGGGCAUGAUGUGGACCUUGAUCCUGAACGGGUCGACCGGUCUGGUCAUGAUCAUCACCAUGGCCUUUUGCGUUGGAGAUAUUGACGAGGUGCUUGCCUCCCAGACUGGGUUCGCCUUUAUCCAGGUGUUCCUCAAUGCUACCGGGUCUGUCAGUGCCGCCACGGGAAUGACCUGUGUGAUUAUGAUCAUGCAGUUCUGCGCCGCCAUCAGUAACGUCGCGACGACCUCUCGCCAGAUUUACUCGUUUGCGAGAGAUAAUGGUCUGCCAUUCUCAAGCUUCUUUGCUCAGGUCAAUCCCACAUUCACCGUCCCCCUCAACGCCCUCUGCGUCAGUCUCGUGAUCGUCUCUCUACUCUCCCUCAUCAACAUCGGAUCCUCGGUGGCCUUCAAUGCCAUCAUGUCCCUCGGCACCGCCGCCCUCCUCUCCUCCUACAUCAUCUCCAUCUCUUGCGUCCGUCUCCGACGCUGGCGCGGCCAACCCCUGCCCCCCGCCCGCUGGAGCAUGGGCAAAUUCACCCCAAUCUGCGACUCCGUCUCCAUCCUCGUUCUGGCAGUCGUCUUGCUCUUCAGUUUCUUCCCUCUUUCCAAGGAAGUCACCCCCACCGACAUGAACUGGAGUAUUGUCAUUUUCGGCGGCGUGGUGAUGAUCUCCCUGUCAUACUAUGUUCUUCGGGCCCGUCAUGUGUACAAGGGUCCCGUGACUCGGGUGAAGAUGGCGAACUAUCAAUGA